UACAAGGCACAAGAGGAGAAACAGUAUACGCUAUCGGAGAGGAUAUAAAGCAGAAGUGAGAAACUCCCCAGUCAGACUUUAGAAAACCAUGAUAUGCAUAUAAUUUGCAUAUCACAAUUAGCUAAGAAAUUCAUUCACUUCACAAACCUUCAACACAUCAUAAUCAUCAUCUCCCUUCAACAUUCACCAGUGAAAUUUGAAGCCAUUUUUUUUUCCAAAAACGAGAAUAUUAAUUAUUUGUCCGCACAUAUUUCAAAAAAGAUGUUUGAUGCAGACGAAUAUUCUCAGGCGUCUGAGCCUUUUUCCUGCUUAAACGAGCUUGCAACUUCGAAAAAAAAGAGGAACAAGAAUAAUAAGAGAAGGUUCAGUGAUGAACAGAUCAGAUCAUUGGAACUGAUGUUUGAAAAUGAAACUAGACUUGAGCCACGAAAGAAACUACAGUUGGCUAGAGAACUUGGGUUGCAGCCACGUCAGGUAGCUAUAUGGUUUCAAAACAAGAGAGCUAGAUGGAAGUCGAAGCAGCUCGAACGAGACUACAACAUACUGCAAGCCAAUUACGAUAAUUUGGCUUCCCGUUUCGAAUCUCUGAAGAAAGAAAAGCAGGCCUUGGUGAUUCAGUUGCAAAGAAUGAAUGAUUUAUUGCAAAAACCACGAGAAGAAAGGCAGUGUUGUGGGCAAUUUGAAGCUGUAAACAGCAUGGACAGCGAAUUAGAUAAUGGAGAGGCCACAAACACAAAGUGUGAAUCAGAAGUGAAGCCGAGCUUGUCCCUUGAGAUAUCAGAACAAAGACUAGGUGUCUUGUCUGAUGAUGAUAGCAGUAUAAAGGCUGAGUACUUUGGACUUGAAGAAGAGCCCAAUCUUAUGGCCAUGGUGGAACCUGCCGAGAGUUCAUUAACAUCACCAGAAGAUUGGGGGAAAUUCGAGUCGGAUGAUCUCUUCGAUCAGUCUAGUACUGGAUAUCAGUGGUGGGAUUUCUGGUCUUGAAUAAUUAAGACUCAAAAAAGCAUAUAAAGGAAUUGUAUGCAAAUAAUCUUCCUUGUGUUGAUGUGACAAAAUUAGAGGAGACGACUGGGUAGAGGAACAUUUCAGAGAAUUUUCGGAUUACAAAGAGAUUUUCCAUCUGUCCUCUUAAUGCCACUCCUUAAAAGCUGUGAAUUUCCACGAUCCACUGUAUUGAAGAGAUCCGAAUAUAAAGAGAAAUUAGUUUUCAUGGAAGUAGAAAGUCUUGUAAUAUGCUGGAAGAUGGAGAUGAAUGAGCAACAAGUGAGGCGGAAAGACACAGAGAGGGAGAGUUUGAUUCUGCGCAGCUAUUUUACACUCCAAGAGAUGUACUCGUUCAUCCAGAACUCUGAAAGAAAGUGGAAAGGUGUCCAGCAAUAAAGCCAGAUCCUGUUUUAGCUAGUGCCUGAACUUAAAUUUUAGUUCUCCUUUUUUAUUUUUUAUGUUAGAAAUAUUUUUACGCAGAAGUUUCCAUAUCCAUACUGCA